AUGAAAGGAAUAUCCUCCAAGCCAAAAGUUGAUCAUGCUGAUGUAUUUCCAGAGAUCACUCUGAGGUCGUUAGAUCUCUCCGACACUGACGACUUCAUGAUACACUUCAAAGAACAAGCCAUUAAUUUCAUACAAAACAUAGCAAUUCCUCAUCAAUCGACGAGCAAUAUGCCUAAAAAUAGAGUAAUUGGCUCUGUUUCAGUGAAUCUGAGCUCAGGCAUUGGCAAAAGUAGAGCAGAGCUUAGCUAUGCCAUGGGCUCAGAGUAUUGGGGCAGAGGAAUCAUCACAAUGGCGGUGAAAAUGGUGGUUUCCAUUGUGUUUGGCGGGUGGCCAGAGUUGGAGAGAAUCGAGGCUAUAGUCGUUGCUGAAAAUUUGGGGUCAUAG